ACGGAAGCAAGAAUAAAAAAAAGAAAAGGGGUCCAUCCCACAAUCUGAUAAACCCAAAUUCCCACUCCCACAUAUAUAGAGAUCACCAAAAACACUCCUCAAAAGCGCCAAAGAUUCAAACUUUUUUGAUUUUAACACCACCCCAUCAAUCCAAAUCACUUGAACACCUCACGCAACUCACAAAGAUUCGAUCUUUACUCACUUUACUCUAUGAAAUCUUGAUAUUCAAGAACAGUAGUAAGCAAGUAUGGAGCUCUCUAAUGAUGAUAAUACUAAUCUUUCUAGCCCAUUUGGCCAAAUGGGUCAGGGCUUAUCGGAAUCGGAGCUCCGGGAAACGUGUUAUGAGAUCUUGAUCGGAGCUUGCCGGAGCGCCGGUGGGAGUAGGCCUUUAACUUACGUUUCUUCAUCUGUUAAGAGAAAUGUUGAGAAACAGCCUUCAAUUUCGCUUCAGAGGUCUGUUUCUUCGGUGGCGGCGAGUAAGAUGAAGAGGGCUUUGGGAUUGAAGAAGGCUGUGAGGGGUGAUUCGAGUAGGGGAGGUGAUAGGGAGGUGACAAUUGGGGAGCUGAUGAGAGUUCAGAUGAGGGUUUCGGAGCAAACGGAUUCGAGGGUUCGAAGGGGAUUGUUGAGAAUUGCGGCUACUCAGCUUGGAAGACGCAUAGAGUCAGUUGUUCUGCCAUUGGAGUUAUUGCAGCAGUUUAAUUCUUCAGACUUUCCUACAGAAAAAGAAUAUGCAGCAUGGCAGCAAAGAAAUUUAAAGGUACUAGAAGCUGGACUUCUCAAGCACCCAUACCUGCCACUGGAUAAGAACAACACUAGUGCUCAGCAACUUAGGCGGAUUGUACAUAAGUCCUUAAAGAGACCGAUUGAGACUGGUAAGCACAGUGAAUCUAUGCAAAUCCUCCGAGACAUUGUCAUGUCACUUGCUUGCAGAUCAAACGACGGGACUCACUCUGAGAUUUGCCACUGGGCAGAUGGGAUUCCGCUGAAUCUCAGACUCUACCAAAUACUACUUGAAGCUUGUUUUGAUAUUAAUGAUGCAACGUCUGUUAUUGAAGAAGUGGAUGAGGUAUUAGAGCUUAUUAAGAAGACUUGGGUGAUUCUCGGAAUAAAUCAAACUUUUCAUAAUCUCUGCUUUUCUUGGGUUUUCUUUCAUCAUUAUGUUGCUACUGGCCAAGUUGAAAAUGACUUGCUUUUUGCCGCUAAUAACCUGCUGUUGGAUGUUGAAAAAGAUGCAAGAGUGACAAAGGAUCCUGUGUAUUCCAAGACAUUGAGUUCCACGAUGACUACAAUAUUGAAUUGGGCAGAGAAAAAACUCCUCCUUUACCAGAACAAUUUUUUCAGGGGUAAUAUCGACGUGAUGGAAAGUGUCUUAUCCUUCGGUGUAUUGACAGCCAAUAUACUGGAAGACAUCUCCCAUAACUAUAAGAAAAGAAGUGAAAUUGACGUAGCACUUGACAGAGUUGACGCUUACAUAAGGUCAUCCCUGCGCAAAGCUUUUUCUGAGGCAAGAGACCGGAUAUAUUUGAGCAGACGGUCGGCGAAACAUCAGCAAAAUUCCCCUCCUUUCCUUUGCAUACUUGCUCAAGAAAUUAUCGACCUGGCCUAUAAUGAAAAGGAAAUCUAUAGUCCGAUUCUGAAGAGAUGGCAUCCGUUAGCCACUGGUGUAGCUGUUGCCACCUUACAUGCUUGCUAUGGAAAUGAGUUAAAGCAAUUUGUUUCUGUUAAUAGUGAGCUGACACCUGAUAACUUACAAGUGCUAAUUGCUGCCGAUAAGCUAGAAAAAGAUCUCGUGCAUAUGGCAGUUGAAGAUUCGGUGGACAGUGAGGAUGGUGGGAAAUCAAUAAUUCAGGAGAUGACUCCUUAUGAGGCUGAAGGUGUUAUCGCGAACUUGAUAAAAUCAUGGACACGGACGAGAAUAGAAAGCCUCAAGGAAUCAGUUGACAGAAAUCUUCAGCAAGAGACCUGGAACCUACAUUCAAACAAGGAUCAAAUUGCUUCAUCAGCAGCAGCGAUUCUGCGGACAGCAAAUGAAACAUUGGAGGGAUUCUUUAUGUUGCCAAUACCUCAGCAUUCUGCAUCAUUAUCCGACUUAAUAAAUGGUCUUGAUAGAUGCUUUCAACAGUAUAUACUGACUGCAAAAUUUGGCUGCGGAUCUCGAAGUGAUUUCAUCCCAGCAUUGCCCGUUUUGACUAGAUGUACAGCCGGCUCAAAACUUCCUGGUCUGUUUAGAAAGAAAGAUAAAUUGAUCCAGAGGAGGAAGUCUCAAGGGGAGACUACAGAUGAGAAUGAUUAUUUUGGAAUCCGAGAACUUUGUGUACGCAUUAAUAGUUUUCACCAUAUCCGUAAAUGUGUAGAUGUUCUGGAGAAGAAGACAGUGGAUCAUUUGAAAAAUAAUGGGUCUACUCAUUUGGAUAAUACUAUAGUAACAAAGUUUGAUCUUUCACGGGCUACCUGUGUGGAAGGGGUCCAGUCACUCUGCAUGGCAACUGCAUACAAAAUUGUGUUUCAAGAUUUGAGCCAUGUCCUCUGGGAUGGUCUAUAUAUAGGGGAAGUUUCCUCUUCCAGAAUACAGCCGUUCCUAAAGGAGCUAGAACAAUAUUUAGAGAUUAUAGCAUCAACAGUCCACGACAGAGUUCGGACACGCCUAAUUACUGACGUAAUGAAAGCUGCUUUUGAUGGAUUUUUACUGGUGUUGCUUGCUGGCGGGCCCUCUCGUGCUUUUAAUGUACAUGAUUCUGCAGUAAUAGAGGAGGAUUUCAGGCUUCUUACAGAUCUAUUUUGGUCUGGCGGAGAUGGAUUGCCAACUGAUUUAAUAGAAAAAUUUGCAAGCACGGUGAGAUUUGUUCUUCCUUUAUUUCGCACCGAGACAGAAAGUCUUAUAGAAGAAUUCAAGUCUUCAAUAAUGGAAGAGUUUGGUACCUCUGCUAAAUCGAGGCUUCCUCUACCUCCAACCUCAGGUCAGUGGGAUCCAAAUGAAUCUAAUACGAUUUUGCGAGUUUUGUGUCAUCGGAAUGACAAAUUGGCGACAAACUUUCUUAAAAAGGCCUACAAUCUGCCAAAAGAACUGUGACCAACUUCCAAUGAUCUGAACAGAUACAUUACUAACUUCAUACACGCAGCUGCAAUGGCUCCCUGCUUUUAGAAAACAUUAAAACGGUACAUAAUAUUUACUGUUGUAAUACUAUGUACACUUCAUAGUUCUGUUUUUUGCUUCAAACUGCUAUCACUUACUGUUCAAAAGCGUACUGAGUUUAUUUACACUGAAUAAAAUCAGCAUUUGACCAAUUCGUACAAGAUAUUGGUCAGUCAAUUUGUUCAA